UCAAAUAAGAGCAGUUAGAGUAAGAGUCAUUUCAAGAAGAAUUAAAGUCAGGAAACUAGCGGAAGUCGCAAGUCGAGUUAGCAUCUUGUUCACAUCAUAUAAAGUCGAAUUAUAUAUCGUGUAUCAGUGCCAGAACACCAAGUAAGCUAAUUUAUUAGAUUCGUUUUCGAACAACAAGCUAACACAGUUAUCACUACAGGAGGCUCAAGUUGACCAAAACAACGGUCGUUCCAUAAAUCGUGCCAAUAGACAUCUUAUAGGGAAUCCACGUGCCAGUUGGUUGACCCCUAGAAGGUAAUUUCUGAAACAACAAAAAAUAUAAAACCACAAAAGAAUUAUAAAAAUGUAUGUCACAGGUUGUCGCGAAAAUAUCAGCUGGGCCCACAGUUACUGUAAAUUCAUAGCUCGCAAAGUUUAACACUCGCUGUUCAGGAUAACAAGGAAAAAGGAAGAUUAGAAGAAGUAUUUAGUAGAAAUUGAAACAGAAUUGAAAACAAGGAAAAUUAGUAAACGAUAUUUUAAUAUACCGAAUUCUAUUAAAACGUCGGAAUCUCGUCUGUUUCACUCUACAAAUAACAUUAAAAUAUCGUUUAGUUAUCCAACAUGUCGAGAAAAACUCAAACGGGGAAGUCUGUGAGAUAUGAUGGAACUUCGAAACACGGGAACUCACCCGCAAGUAACUGCAAAUCGUGUGGAGGACCGGAGACCGAGGAAAUGGUCCAGUGCGACAGUUGCGAUCGUUGGUUCCAUUUCCAGUGUGUGAACGUGACGGAGAGUAUUGCGGAACGACCGUGGAAUUGUGCAGAUUGUACCAGCCGUUUCGAAGAACGUAAUCCAGUGAGUACUUUUAAUUUCCCCCCUAAUGUGCCACCGGCUCGCCGUAGUUUAAGCCACACGCAUCCUGCGGAGGAGAAUGUCGCAAAUGUUCCCCAAACAACUGAAUUAAUGAGUCAGUUAUCGAUUCCGAGCACCAACAUAGCACCUAGCUCGAUUUUCCCCCCACUUUAUAACGCCCCGACUAUUGCAUUUGCCCCAUCUCGUAACAUUAACCCAAGAUUGAUAUCCAAUCAAAAUACUCAGUCAAUGCCCAUCAGUACUACGUCUUGUUCAAAUGCGGUCGUGUAUCCUAGUACUAUGUUGAGUGCGCCUGUGCCUAGUGCCGUUGUUUCGAUCUCGAAGACACCAAUCUCGUCUAGAAGGAAUGCCCUACCAGUGACCGUGGGAAACAAGUUGCCUAUUCAACGUGCGAAUGAUGAACGUUCCCUUCGGAAUGAAGGUCCAGCGAAUCAACUGCAGCAGAAAGCGACGACAAGCUCCCGGAAGUCUACAGCUAAUCGGGCCAUUCUACUGGAACUGGAGAAGUUAAAGGAAGAGCAGAAACAUCUUCAAGAGGUGCACAAACAGCAGAUGGAUAACAUCAACAAGCGCUAUGAAUUACUUGCAGAGUUGGCCAGUGAAUCAUCUUUAGGAUCCGUUGCUGAGGAAAUAGGUUUGGAUUCAAAGGUCGAGGAUUGGCUGGACCAGUCUGAUGGGCAAAGAGUACGUCCGUUCGAAGAGGAAUUGCAUUACCCACUCACUCACAGAAGCACCCACAAUGUAGCUGGUCCACACAGUUAUAGCGCACCGAAGCAAGCAGUUAAUCAACGACAUUCCUCCGGGAAAAUUCGUUUCGAGCCACAGAUACAACCAACAACGUCCGAAUUCCAAGGACGUCAUAGACCAUCAUUCGAGCACCCGCCUGGUGAAUCCGCGCAAGACCAUCAUCAACUUGGUAACACCCAACUCCAGACAGUAAAGGAUCCAUUUUUCCCCCAGCACCGAUCAACACCACAGCACUCUCACUUUCCGAGUGUAAUGAGGAAUGCAGAAAUUGGUGACCUUACAAACAGUCGCGCAGCAGCAAGGCAAGCCUUUGACAGGGAACUUCCAACUUUCAGCGGGCUUCCUGAAGAAUGGCCCCUUUUUCUAUCCACUUUCAAUACCACUACAUCGAUGUGCGGAUUUACGCAGGAAGAAAAUCUAAUCCGGCUUCAGAAAUGCUUGAAGGGCAAGGCAUUUGAUGCAGUUAGAUGCAUGCUUAUGCAUCCAUCUAAUGUUACCAGCAUAAUCUCCACGUUACGGAUGUUGUUCGGCAAUCCAGAAGUUAUUAUCUAUAGUUUGAUCUCGAAAAUUCAAUCGACCCCUGCUCCACGAGCUGAUCGGUUAGGAACGCUUGUAGAAUUCGCGCUAUCUGUAAAAAAUUUGUGCGCGACGAUCGAAGCGUGUCAGCUUGAAGAAUUCACAUAUAAUGUUACUCUAAUUCGUGAAUUGAUAGAUAAGCUUCCCACCCCAUAUCAAGUGGACUGGGCUAAGCAUAGACGUACCCUUAUAGAAGUUAACCUCAGCAAGUUUUCUGAAUGGCUCUACGAUUUGGCCGAAACUGUUUCGCCAAUUGUUUCCAUCUCAUCUAAUGAAUUCCGACUAUCCAGAACGACCAAAAAAGGGGUUGCCUUUCUAAAUGCGCACUCUGAAGAUGAUCGCGUCGAUUUGAAUUUUUCUCCAUAUGCAACACAUGAAGAACAACGGAACACCGACGACAUUACAAUAAACAGAGUAACAGAAAGGUUCUGUCUGAUCUGUAAAGGUAACUGCCCAAAGGUCGAAGAAUGUAAACGCUUUGUAGAGAUGACUUACAAGGCACGUUGGGAUGUGGUUCAUGAAUUCAACCUCUGCAAACGAUGCCUGAGAAGGCACGGACGCAAGCCCUGUAAAUCCCAGAAGCUGUGUGGACAAAACGGUUGCGAUUAUAAGCAUCAUCCAUAUCUUCAUAAACACGGAAGCGAACCAAACGUACAAGAAGGUCAUAUGCACCAUCAUUCUUCGAAUCAAGUUUUGUACCGGGUGGUACCCGUGAUCCUAUAUGGACCCGAGAAAAAGCUGCAUACCUACGCGUUUCUUGAUGAUGGUUCAUCAGUUACUCUGGUUGAUUCAACUAUCGCAGGGGAUUUGGGAAUCAAAGGGAAAUUGGAACCCCUUUGCCUCAAAUGGACGGGGAACAGAACUCGGCAGGAGAAGGAAUCUGAAAACAUUUGGAUUGAAAUCUCAGGUACAGAGAAACAUCAUAAAAGGUACGAGCUUCCAGAAGUGCACACUGUGAAGAACCUUGAUUUGUUCCAUCAAACAUUGGACAUGGAACAGCUCAGAAGACGUUAUCAUCACUUAAAAGGUGUUCCAGCAAAAUCUUAUCACGAUGUACAACCUCGAAUCUUGAUUGGAAGUAAUAAUGCGAAUUUGGGUUAUGCAUUAAGAGGUCGAGAAGGUAACAUGUAUGAACCUGUAGCCACUAAAACUCGGCUCGGAUGGAUUGUGUACGGUGGAAGCGACAAAAUAAGACGACAAUUUCCCGGGUUUCAAUGUUUCCAUCACUGCGAAUGCAGAACAAACAGCGACAAUAUACUUCAUGAGGCAGUGAAGGAGUUUUUUGCCAUAGAAAAGGCUGGUAUUGAAAAGCCAAUUAGACUAAUCGAAUCUAACGAUGAUCGUCGAGCACGAACUAUUUUGGAAUCACUUCAGCGUACCGACAACGGUCGUUACAAACUACGUCUACUUUGGAAGUUUGAUAAAUUUCGAUUGCCAGAAAGCAGAAAUUACGCUCUUCGUCGAGCACACUGUCUAGAAACUAAAUUGAAAAAACAGCCCCAGCUAGCAGCGAUAUUGAGCGAAAAAAUGAAAGACUACGUUUCGAAAGGCUACGUGAGAAAACUGACUGACGAUGAACUUGCUGAAAAUCGACCACUUGUAUGGUAUUUACCCAUUUUCCCAGUUUUCAAUGCUAACAAACCUAAUAAAGUUCGAAUGGUAUGGGACGCAGCCGCCAAAGUCCAUGGCAUCUCUCUAAAUUCAAUGCUACUCAAGGGCCCCGACCAGAACUGCGCUUUGACCGACGUGCUUAUUCGUUUCCGGGCGAAUCGGAUUGCGGUUUGCGGUGACAUUCGUGAAAUGUUUCACCAAGUUCUCAUAUCCGAAGAAGACCAACACUGCCAGCGAUUUCUAUGGAAGGACAACGUGAAUGAUGCUGAACCCAGUACCUACGUGAUGCAAGUGAUGACGUUUGGGGCAAGCUGCUCGCCCAGUUCUGCGCAGUACGUGAAAAACUACAACGCUCAACAGUACCAAGGCCAAUACCCUCUAGCGGCAGCAGCGAUAACAAAUAGUCACUACGUCGAUGACAUGCUACUGAGUGUGGAAUCGGAACAAGAAGCAAUUCAACUAGCCAAGGAGGUUCGUUUCAUCCAUGCGCAGGCUGGAUUUGAAAUGCGAAAUUGGUUGUCAAAUUCGCGGGCCGUUGUUACAGCGCUGAAUGAGUGUGGUGAGAACGAAAAAAGUCUCAACAUUGGCGAUCAGACGUCUACGGAAAAGGUAUUGGGAAUGUGGUGGUGCACAUCGACAGACUGCUUUACAUAUAAGUUGUCUCCGAAGCACGAGGAAGAUCUGCUGGCUGGAAAACGCGUACCUACAAAACGUGAGGUGCUUCGCACUCUGAUGGCAAUUUUCGAUCCAUUGGGAUUCCUUUCGAACUUGCUCAUCGUUCUAAAAGUUAUCCUUCAAGAAAUUUGGAGGUCAACCGUUGGAUGGGAUGACCAAAUCCCGAUGAAACUCUUCGAUGAUUGGCUACAAUGGUUAAGUGUGCUGCCAAGAGUUAAAGAUAUCAAAAUUCCUCGUUGCUAUCUUUCCAACCUUUCAGUAAAUACAGGAACUUUAGUAACUUUGCAUACAUUCGUAGAUGCCAGCGAACUAGCUUACGCAGCCGUCACGUACAUUAGAUUUCAACAAGGCGAUACUGUGGAGUGUGCAAUAGUGGGAGCCAAGGCUCGAGUUGCACCACUAAGAUUCCUCUCGAUUCCAAGAAUGGAACUGCAGGCAGCCGUUAUCGGAGUUAGAUUGGCAGAUACCAUUUCAAAUGCGCUUUGCUUUAAAAUAAAUCAGCGCAUUUUCUGGAGCGAUUCUCGAGACGUUCUAUGCUGGUUAAGGUCCGAUCAUCGACGUUACUCUCAUUACGUUGGUCACAGGGUUAGCGAAAUACUCGAAACUACGCAAGUUGGCGACUGGAAAUGGGUGCCUACAGAAGAAAACGUUGCUGAUGAAGCGACUAAAUGGCAGCGUCUACCAGAUCUUAAUAGUGAAUGCCGCUGGUUGAAUGGACCCGAAUUCCUGCGAGAGGACGAAGCAGCUUGGCCAUGUGAGCGGUUUGGAAAAUCGUAUACAGAAGAGGAACUUAGACCGAACGUCUCUUGUAAUGUACAUUCACUUCUUCCUGCACCCUUUAUACAAUCGGAUAGAUUUAGGAGUUGGAACUUGCUCCGGCGAACAGCAGCCUGGAUUCUUCGAUUCGCGCACAAUGCUCGAUAUAAAAAGUACCAAGAAAAGUGGACUGGUCCUCUCUCGGGAAAAGAACUUCACCGGGGAGAAGUGUUGAUGUUUCGACAAGCUCAGAACGAAUUUUUUAUAGAUGAAAUAAACUCACUGGCGUCAACAUCUCCCACACCUACCAUACACAAAUCAAGUCCAAUCUACAAGCUGUGGCCCUUUCUUGAUGAUGAACAAGUCUUGCGAGCCGCAACUCGAAUCGAAGCAUCCCAGAACGAAAAUCCGAUGGUCGACCCGAACGAUACAAGGCUGGUGGUAAAAGGCUGUGCGGGUGCCGAUUGGGGAGGUGAUCCAGAUACUCGAAAAUCCACGACUUGGUACAUCUUCAAGACUAUGGGAGGAGCGAUAUCCUGA